CUUCUCUUCAGUCAUGUGAUCAGCUGUGUCCAAUCACAGUUGAUCACAUGGCACUGAUGAUCAGUGUGCCCUGAUGAUCAGUGUGGCCCCAGAAGUGCCACCUGUCAGUGCUCAUAAGUGCCAUGUGCCAUUGCCCAUCAGUGCCACGUGCCAGUGCCUAUCAGUGCCACAUCAAUGCCACAUAUCAGUGCAUACCAGUGCACAUCAAUGCCACAUAUCAGUGCUCAUCUGAGCUGCCUUUCAAUGUCACCCAUCAGUGCCAGUCAGUGCCACCUAUCAAUGCCAAUCAG